CUCACAUAAGUAAGCAUGUUUGUAAUCUGUUUUUAUAGGCUUGAGACACAGACAGAAUACACUAAGGCCGCGGCUGUAGCUCUUUUUAACCUGAGAAUGGGCAAGUCUAUACAGAUCCUGAGUAAGACUGCUACAAAACAAGGUUAUGAAAACCUGAGUGCAGUUGCCAUGGCGAUAGCCGGGUACCAAGAGGAGCAGCAGACAAUGUGGCGCCGUACAUGUGGGUCCCUGAUCCAAACGGUCCACGACCCCUACCUCCGUGCAAUGUUCUGUUUCCUCUCGAGUGAUAAGGAGAACUAUGAUGAAAUUCUGGGUGACCACAACUGUAUGCCGGUGGCUGACAGAAUAGCUUUUGCCUGUAUAUACCUCUCUGACCAAAAGUUAAAGGAGUACGUGGACAACUUGAGCAGUAUGAUGAAGGACGAGGGAUGUUUGGACGGCUUACUUCUCACUGGGCUGACAUUGGAUGGCGUGGAACUACUACAGAAUUAUGUGGAUAGGACCGGCGAUAUCCAGACUGCCGCCCUCGCUGCCGUCUUCACAUUUCCUUGUGAGAUGUCACACAACGAAAAGGUCAUCACCUGGAUAGAAAGCUAUAGGGAACUUCUAGACCGGUGGAAACUCUGGCACCAAAGAGCAGAAUUUGACAUCAUACGUCACUCCAGUGAUAGUCACAGCUCAAUGCGACACAAUCGGCCCCAGGCGUAUGUUAGCUGUAACUUCUGUGGGAAGUCCAUAGCCUGUAACACGCAGGCUCCUUUCCGUCUCAUGUCACGCUCCAUGAUGUCCAUGUCUGCCAACAAACCAAAGAUAAGCUGUUGUCCAGGCUGUAGGAAGCCUCUCCCAAGGUGUGCAGUGUGUUUGACUAACUUAGGGACUCCCUCAGGAUCCACACUGUGUCAACAGAUAGAACAUAAAGACUUGGAGAACAAGUUGACCCCAUUAGACGACUGGUUUACCUGGUGUCAAACUUGUCGCCAUGGCGGCCAUGCCUCACACAUCACUUCUUGGUUCAAGGAUCACCCACAAUGCCCUGUAACAGGAUGUGACUGUAAAUGUGCAACUUUAGAUCCUAUUGGACGACUGAAAGCUACUUCACCACUAGUGCCUGCUGGGAAGGCUUGACCUUACAUUGCUCUAAGAAUUGAUAUCCAGAGUAUUCGACAAGAUGUGCAAUACAAAGUUCCGUAAACUGUUCAAUAUGUCUGUUGAUAUCCUAUAUGUCUCUCUUCCGAUUUAGGUCAGACGGCUAUAUAUGGGUGUCAUGGCCCAAUAUGGAAAUUGUAGUGAACAUGGCGGCAUCUUUAGUAAUACUUUAUUUGGCCAUGCAGCCAUAUAUAGAAAGGAUAAUUGAGAUUACAUCACACGUGAUCUGUCAUGGCAGUCAUUUCUAAAAAAAAUCCAAGACGGACUUGACUAAUUUUGUGAAAGAGUUUUUUUAUUGGUAAGGAUUAGUUUUACAACAAUUAUGCAAUUUUAAACCUGUGU